AUGAUGCUGGGUGUGUACACCCUGCUUCUGCUCUGGGGCCUGGCCACUCCGAGCCUGGGGCUGCUUGAGACAGUGGGCACACUUGCUCGGAUUGACAAAGAUGAACUGGGCAAAGCCAUCCAGAACUCACUGGUUGGGGGUCCUAUUCUACAAAAUGUGCUGGGAACAGUGACAUCGGUGAACCAGGGCCUCCUGGGCGCAGGAGGGUUGCUUGGAGGCGGCGGCCUGCUGAGCUACGGGGGCAUCUUCAGUCUUGUGGAGGAACUCUCUGGGCUGAGGAUAGAGGAACUUACUCUGCCCAAAGUGUCAAUCAAGCUGCUGGCAGGGUUCGGGGUGCAGCUGACCCUGCACACCAAGGUCAGCCUGCAUGGCUCCGGUCCCCUGGUGGGCCUCUUGCAGCUGGCAGCCGAAGUGAAUGUGUCCUCGAAGGUGGCCCUGGGCAUAAGCCCACGGGGGACACCCAUUCUGGUCCUUAAGCGCUGCAACACACUCCUGGGCCGCAUCAGUCUGACGUCAGGGCUGCUGCCCACACCGAUCUUUGGGCUCGUAGAACAGACACUGUGCAAAGUGCUGCCCGGACUGCUGUGCCCUGUGGUAGACAGCGUGCUAAGUGUGGUGAACGAACUCUUGGGGGCUACGCUGAGCCUGGUGCCCCUUGGGCCUCUGGGGUCUGUGGAGUUCACUCUGGCUACACUGCCCCUCAUCUCCAACCAGUACAUUGAACUGGACGUGAACCCCAUCGUGAAGAGCGUAACUGGUGAUGUCAUUGAUUUCCCCAAGCCACGCCUCCCAGUCAAGGUGCCCCCCAAGGAGGACCACACCUCCCAAGUGACUGUCCCACUCUACCUCUUCAGCACCGUGUUUGGGCUCCUGCAGACCAACGGUGCCCUCGACCUCGACAUAACCCCUGAGGUGGUUCCCAGAAAUAUCCCGCUGACAACGACCGACCUGGCAGCUUUGGCCCCUGAGGCCCUGGGGAAGCUGCCCCCUGGUCAGCACCUCCUGCUCUCCAUACGGGUGACAAAAGCACCCAUGGUCGUGCUGAAGAGCAAGAAGGCCUCGGUCUCCAUCCCAGCGACCAUCCAUGUGCUGUCUUCUGUCCCUCAAGGAAGUCCUGUAGCCCUCUUCCAGUUGAAUGGGGUUAUGACUCUAAAUGCCCAGCUGGCUCCAUCCACUACCAAGCUGCACAUAUCCCUGUCCCUGGAACGGCUGAGUGUCCAGCUGGCCUCCUCCUUUCCCCAACCUUUUGACGCAUCCCGUCUAGAAGAAUGGCUGAGUGAUGUGGUCCGGGCUGUCUAUGUGCAGAGGCUCAACGAACACCUGGAGGUUGGGAUACCCCUACCUAAGAUUCUCAAUGUCAACUUUGCCAAUUCAGCAGUAGACGUCAUUGAGAAUGCAGUUGUGCUGACCGUGGCUCCAUGAGGCAAUAUGGCUGCUACUCUUCCUGUCCACUUCAGAGUCCUGUCUGUCUACACUCAGUUUUCUUCCCAGUCUCUAGCCUGCAUUGGUGACAGUAUAAGUGCCCCCUGUCCACCUGGGUCCACCUUGCCCUC